CGGUCUAAGUAGCAGAACAGCAGCAACGAACUAAAAUCAUCAAGUUUAUUCGCGUUAAGUAUAUGAAUAAGUUUAUUAACGAAUUAAAAACAUAGCAACGUGCAAUUGAAGUUAGUUUCGUACUGCGGAUGAACAUUAAAAUUGUUUAAUUCCUUGAAGAGCAAAAAUCAAUAUCAGUGACGUUGGAAACGAAAAUUUUAUAAUGGAAAGCAAAACAACACCCAAACCGCUUUGGUAUUCGCUGCAAUAGAAAAGUCCCACAUACUGACGUAAACGUCGUAUCUUAUCGAUGACGUUUUUAUACAAACAAAACAAAGUUUAGAGUGGGAUAUUAGUAACUGUAAGGAAGAUGAACACUGAUCCGGCAAUGGCGUCUAAGUCAACGACGCUAUCGUCGUUAAAUAGUAUACCAACUAUAUCAGCGGCUGUUUCCAGUUCAGGAUUAUUAGGAAGUGUACUCUCAGAUAAUGAUAUGCGAGAUGGAGAAAUAUCUUUGAAUACAAUUGAAAUAGUGCAACGAAAAUUCAAAGACAACGAAAAAGUCUUAUCGAUUUUUGAAGCCUAUCAAAUCAUCGGACAAGAGCAUCGAAGUCGCUUGUUGGCGUUAGUAGUGUCAGUGGCAGGCGGCACCUAUGCAGUUUUCUCCCUUGCAACAGCGCGCUUACCACCACGCAACGUCAAUGACUUGUCCAUUGAUAAGAUUUUCGCGUUAAAUGAAACUUUUCAAAUAGGCAGUGAUAAAAAGGGUUCCAUAUCGCAAUUGCAAUUCGAUCUAAAAACAGCCGAUGAGGCGGCCGUGAAAUAUUUCUACUACCCAAUCAUAUCAGCCGAGGGCGCAUCUGAUUUCGAAACAUUUCAUGCGCAAAUCAUAUCAGCUAAAUUUUCAAUGACACACUCAACCGCUGCAACGGAAUCGAUUUUGAGUUAUAGUUGGCUGAACGAUUACCGACAAAUCGGCGAAGUGAAGCAGGAGUUGAAACGACGUGAACAUGAAUAUAUUGUUUUCAAGGAUUUUAUUGUGUAUUGUGGCACUUGGAAUGUAAAUAACAAGCCAUAUAGUGACAGUCCAUUGCACUUGUGGCUAUCAAAUGGUGAGCAACCAGCCGACAUAUAUGCCAUUGCGCUACAAGAGCUGGAUACUUCAGCUAAAGCCAUAACUUUCAGCGAAAAUCGCCCUGACAACAUGUGGAUAAGUAAAAUGCUAUCGAGUUUACACAAAGAUGGCGAAUAUGAGGAGUUAACUAGCGUGCGUCUCGUUGGCAUGAUGUUAACAAUCAUCAUACGUAAACAAUUACGGCCAUAUAUUGCGCGUUGCCGAGUCAAAACAGUAGCGCGCGGCGUUUUCAACACACUGGGCAACAAGGGUGGCGUUGCGGUGAGCAUACAACUGAAUGAAGGCAACCUCUGCUUUGUAAACUCACAUUUAGCUGCUCAUAUGGCUUUCGUUGAGGCACGCAACGAGGAUUAUGCGGGUAUCGUACGUGGCUUAGUGUUUGAUGAUGAUCUAAAACGUACCAUUAAUGAUCAUGACCACAUCUUUUGGAUUGGUGACUUAAAUUAUCGCAUUGAAGAACCGCCAGGCUUACAAUUACCAUGUAAUCGCGCUUCACCGAACGCUUACGAUGUACUUAUGAAGUAUGAUCAAUUACGCAUUGAAAUGGGUAAAGGCAAUUGCUUUGAUGGUUACAGUGAAGGGCGUAUCAAAUUUCGACCCACAUACAAGUAUGAUGUAGGCACAGAUAAUUUUGACAGCAGUGAGAAACAACGCGCGCCAGCAUAUUGCGAUCGCGUACUAUGGAAAGGUGUGCGUAUUGAGCAGUUGGCUUACAAUAGUGUUAUGGAGAUACGACAGAGUGAUCACAAGCCUGUCUAUGCAAUAUUUCGUGUAAAAAUCAAAACCAAAGAUGAGAAGCGUUACAAACGCAUACACGAGGAAGUCUUGAAGCUGGUUGAUAAACGUGAAAAUGAGAAUCAACCACAAAUAAGUGUCGAUAAAACUGUGCUCGAUUUCGGUGUCGUACAUUUCAACGAGUUGUCCGUUUGUGAUUUCACUGUCUCGAAUAACUGUCCAAUGCCGGUGGAGUUUAUGUUCAAAGUUAAAGACCCACCAUUGAAUGAUAUAUGCGAAAAGUGGUUGCAAGUCGAACCGCGUGCCGAAACACUAAUGACCGAUAGCACCAGACGUGUACGCGUCAAAUUGCUGGCAGAUGUGCGUUCCAUAACGGGCUUGUUGAAAAAGAUACGCACGACCAAUUGGAAAUUCGAUUUCGACAUAUUGAUAUUGCAUGUAAAAAAUGGACCAGAUAUGUUUUUGACGGUCACCGGCGAGUACAAGCCAAGUUGUUUUGGUCUUUCGGUGGAAACGCUUUGUCGCACCAAUCAACCGUUAAACACGUAUACGCAAGCACAGAUUAAAGAUUUGAUGAACGAUGAUUCACCGGAAUUCCGUGUGACAAUGCCACGCGAGUUUUUCUUCCUCAUCGACUAUCUGCACAAGCAGGGCAAUAAAGUGGAAGGUGCUUUCGAAACAUUGGAAUAUAAACAUGCGCGCACCUUGCAAUUCAACGUUAUACGCGAUUGGUUGGACACAUGGUCGAGCGAUGAAUUUCCCGGUACGCCACAAGCAGCUGCUGAGGCGCUACUCAUGCUAUUAGACUUGCCCGAAAAGCCCUUACUUGAUCCUUUUGUCGAAGAUUUAUUGCAAACAAAUACGGCCGCUGAAGCCAUGGAGUUGAUAUCAUUGCUGAGCUCACCUCGCCGCAAUGUCUUCGUGCAUUUAUGCAUGUUUCUACGCCAAGGCAUAGAGCGGCAGUACUAUAAUUUACAGCACGUUGCUAGCGUUUUCGGGCGUGUAUUGUUGCGCAGCACCGCACACGCAGGUCGCGAUUUUUAUCGUGAGACUCGAUGUCGCGAUUUCAUGCAUCGCUUCAUAUCCAGCGACAUUGGCGGCACAUUGUCGACAGGUAUUGCCGAUAGCAGCGGUAUUAGCAGCGUGGACGGUGGCACUGGUGGCGGCAACAGUAAUGGCGGCGGCAGUGGCGAUGGCAGUAAUACUGCUCGUAUUAAUGCAAUUAAUUAGAUUUAAUGUCUAUGUACUUGGAUUUGCUAUUGCUAUUUUUUUGUUGUCAGCAAUUAUUUGUACAAUGUAUUAAUUUAAUUUUGCUUAUCCAUAGUUAUUUAAUGCUUAAGUUUAUGUUUUCUGUUUGAAUGCAUUAGAUAGCGGUUUAUUUGCAUGCCAAAUUGUUGCAAGUUGUGGCAUUCGCUUGCUAUUCACACAUCUGUGCACGAUAGCAUUUGUCAUGAAUUUAUUUCUUUAAAACGAUUAUCGCGUAUUAAUGACGUUAACAACAACAUUCGCGUGUCUGAGGUUGAUGAGAAUGAUUACUUAAUGCUCUACUAUUAAUUUAAACGCUUAAUGAAAUAUAUAUAUUAAAAAUAUAUAUAAAAAUAACGAAAAUAAAAUUUAUAAAAUAUUUGCAGCGAAGCAUUUAGAAAUGUACUGCGCUUGUACUUCUCUGAAGAACACAAACACUCAAUGUCUAAUAUAUACAACAAAAUCUCACGACGCUUAAGGUCUACGACAGCAUUAGUGUUCUAUAUACUGUAGGAGGUAGCGAUUUGUUUUUUUUUUUUGUUUUGGCAUUUAGCUAAACCGCAAAAGCAAUAACUGCGUGAAAUCGGAUAAUUUAAUUGCCUUAUUUGCACGUCUACAAUAUUUGCGGUCUAAACUUAUAUUCCACGUCAUUGCUGCAUUUAAGCAGAGUUUCUGCCUAAAUGUUAUGCGGGUUAAGUAAACAAACAUACACACAUACGUAUAUAUGAAUUUUUGUGAAAAAUAAUAAAAGUUAAUAAUGAACGCCGUACGUUUGAAAAAUACAAUUUUUAGAGCUUAUAUACAUUAGUCAUAAGUUGAUGAUAGCUAAUUGUCGGUUUGUUAAUAUAUUUGUCUUAGUGUUGAAUAAUAAUUGAAAUUAUUACA